AUGGAAGACCAACCUGCGCUCGAAGAGAGCACAAAGCCUCCUUGUGAUGGCAUUAUAACAAAGGCAGCAGGAGCGGAAGCGCUUCUUUGCGCACGAGCUGAUGGUGCAGCGGACUCAGACCCGAGCAGCUCCUCCGGGGGCUCGUGUAAAGGGCCUGUGCCUUCGCCUUUUAGCAUAUCAGUCUUAUCUGCUCAAGGGCUGCAGGAGCUCCAAGGCAUCCAGAUAUUGAACCGCCAUCAGGGCGAGACUGAGGGCCCCCAGGAGCAACAGGUUCCCAAGGACCCCUGCAUUGACAAGCUGAGCUUAUGUGCGCCAGGUAGAAGCAAUGGAAUGGAAGGAAAGGAUGAGGACUGUGUGGUGGAGGUGGAGAGUGGUGGUGUACGCACACCUGAAGCCUCGUCUCGUUGUGCAGAUACCGACAUUGAAACUGCCUGCCGUGAGACGUUUUUAUUUGCAAAUGCCAAGGCCGGAAUGGAUAUGACAGAAGACGAGAAAGCGAAAAUUGCGGCAAAGAUAUUCGAGCUCUCAAAGAACUCCCCCUUCUUUGUCAACGAGAUGCGGUGUGCAAGAAGCAAGAAGCACAAAACAUAG